GACUUGUGCUGGGAUUUCCAUUCCUCGAAAUAUUGAGCAUUUGCCAGGUACCUUCCGCCAGGUAUAAAAGGCUAGCUUACCUAUGGUAACAUCCAGUCACGCCUAGAGUCGCUGCAGAUUGUGCGAGAUACUUCUGCAUCCAUAAGCAACCACCAUGUGUGACGACGAGGACGCGACUGCCCUUGUGGUUGACAAUGGCUCCGGCAUGGUCAAGGCCGGUUUCGCCGGAGACGACGCCCCUCGUGCCGUCUUCCCCUCCAUCGUCGGCCGUGCCCGUCACCAGGGUGUGAUGGUCGGUAUGGGUCAGAAGGACGCCUACGUCGGUGAUGAAGCCCAGAGCAAGCGUGGUAUCCUCACCCUUAAAUACCCCAUUGAGCAUGGUAUCAUCACCAACUGGGAUGACAUGGAGAAGAUCUGGUAUCACACCUUCUACAAUGAGCUCCGUGUUGCCCCUGAGGAGUCCCCCACACUUCUCACUGAGGCUCCCCUCAACCCUAAGGCCAACCGUGAAAAGAUGACUCAGAUCAUGUUCGAAUCUUUCACCGUUCCUGCCACUUAUAUUACCAUCCAAGCUGUGCUCUCCCUCUACGCCUCCGGUCGUACCACUGGUCAGGUUUGCGACUCUGGUGAUGGUGUGACUCACUUUGUCCCCGUCUAUGAAGGUUUCGCUCUUCCUCAUGCUAUCCUUCGUCUCGACUUGGCUGGUCGUGACCUUACCCACUAUCUGAUGAAGAUCAUGACUGAGCGUGGCUACUCCUUCACCACCACCGCUGAACGUGAAAUCGUUCGUGACAUCAAGGAGAAGCUUUGCUACAUCGCCCUUGACUUCGAAAGUGAGAUGAACGUCGCUGCUGCUUCCUCCUCCUUGGACAAGUCCUAUGAGCUUCCCGACGGUCAGGUUAUCACCAUCGGUAACGAGCGUUUCCGUGCUCCUGAGGCUCUGUUCCAGCCUUCCUUCCUUGGUAUGGAAUCUGCUGGUGUUCAGGAAACUGUUUAUGGCUCCAUCAUGAGGUGCGACAUUGACAUCAGGAAGGAUCUGUUCGCCAACAUUGUUAUGUCUGGUGGUACCACUAUGUACCCUGGUAUUGCUGACCGCAUGCAGAAGGAAAUCACUUCUCUUGCUCCUUCCACCAUCAAGAUCAAGAUCAUUGCUCCUCCCGAGCGUAAAUACUCCGUCUGGAUCGGUGGUUCCAUCCUGUCUUCUCUGUCCACCUUCCAGUCCAUGUGGAUCACCAAGGAUGAGUACGAUGAGUCUGGCCCCGGCAUCGUUCACCGCAAGUGCUUCUAAAUGCCUAUAUUUUCAUGAUAACAAAUAAAUGUAUUAAUAAAACACUAUUUAUCAAUCCCACUUUCAAAGGAAAUAAAACGGCAAGUCUGAAGCUUGCCCUCUUUAAUACGACUGAAUUUAACUGCUGAGAUCUAUCAGAAUGACAAUGAAUAAAUUGUAAAUGUUUUCA